AUGUGCCAGGUUUUCCAUGGUCACUCACCGGAGAUCGCUGUUGUUAUUGCCCUCUAUUCAAUAUUCGGCUCCAUCGGUCAAGCCAUCGGCUUCGGGAUCUCUGGUGCUCUCUGGACCAACGACCUACCGACAGAGAUGUUCAAAGCUCUUCCCCAGGACGCCAAGAGUCAAACUGCAUCUCUUUACGGUGACAUGAAGCUCCAAAUGGCGGACCCCAUUGGUAUGACCAUCCGAGAUGCGGUUAUCCACGCCUAUGGAGUUGUUCAGCGAGAGGGUUAG